AUGACAAUGAAAAAUCAAACCACAGUGUCCAAAUUUAUCCUCCUGGGACUUUCUAGUGACCCACAGAUGCAGAUUUUCCUUUUCUUGGUGUUUUCAGUUAUUUACCUAAUCACUCUGGCUGGAAACAUAGAGAUCAUGGUGGUGAUAAGAGCUGAUUCUUACCUUCACAUCCCUAUGUACUUCUUUCUUUUCCAUUUAUCCUUUGUUAAUAUCUGCUAUUCCUCAGUCACAGUGCCUAAUAUGCUGAUGAACUUCCUAGCGGAGCACAAAACUAUUUCUGUCAAUGGCUGCAUUGCCCAGAUGUUCCUUUUUAGCCUCUCGGUUGUUACUGAAGCUUUCAUUCUCUCAGCCAUGGCUUAUGACCACUAUGCUGCAAUCUGUGAUCCAUUACAUUACGCGGAGACAAUGAGCAAAGGGAUCUGUGUUCAGCUGGUGAGUGGUGCAUGGACUAUGGGCUUCUUCUAUGCCUUCUUAACGCUUUUUGCCCUCAAGUUGCAUUUCUGUGGGCCCAAUCAAAUCAACUAUUUUACCUGUGAGUUCCCUCCUCUGUUACAGCUGUCACAGAUUUCCUGA